AUGUUUAUCUCUGAAUAUGCAACUCCACUAAGCUACGUCGGCCUUGCAAGCGCGAGCUACCUUACCUACAAGUUCACCAGACAAGCAACAACUUUCCUCUUGCCCUCCACUUUGAAAAGCCGCUACAACUCCAACCAGCAGGCCAACUGGGCUUUAGUAACCGGUGCAACCGAUGGCAUAGGCUUCGGCUUCUGUCAAGAGCUCUGCGCACGUGGAUUCAACGUCAUCCUCCAUGGCCGUAAUGCCGACAAGCUCAAGAAACGACAGGGCGAACUUGCAGCCGAGUUUCCCAAUGCCAAGACUGGAUCUUUGAUCUUAGAUGUGGAAUCAUUGAAUCAGAAUGAUGUGGAUGGUAUUCCUGAUCAAGUUCGCCUUGUUCUUGAGGAAGAAGGAGGUGGGAUGUUGACUGUGUUGGUGAAUAACAUUGGAGGCGAGACGAAGGCUGCCUCCAUGUUGAGUGAGUUGACAUAUAAGGAUGUUGAUACGACAAUUGCUUUGAACGCGGGUUUCAUGACUCAAAUCUCGUGUGUUUUAAUGCCUAUUCUGGAUGGGAAUGGGGUGCCUGGUCUUAUCCUGAAUGUCUCAUCCGCUGCGGCGUUUGGAUUACCGUAUAUCACUGUUUAUAGCGGGUCGAAGGGGUAUGUUGAGUCUUUCACCGGGGCAUUGAGUGCAGAGAUGAAGGCUGAAGGGAAGGAAAUUGAGGUCAUGGCGCUGAAGUCCGCGGAAGUUCAGAGUGGCGGUUAUGAUGUCCCGACCAGUCUGUUUGUGCCCAAAGCGAGGGCUCUGGCAUCCGCGGGGUUGAAUCGGGUUGGAUGUGGGAGAGAAAUUGUCUGGGCAUACUUCUGGCAUUGGGUACAGGGGAUCUCUAUGGAUAUCUUACCUAGGUGGGUGCUAAUGAAGUUUUCGGCGAUGAAGCUGAAAGAGAUUCGGGACUGGAUGCAAGAGAAGGAGAAGAGGAAGAAUAUUUAG